AUGCUUCGCCCUUUCGGGCGCCGACCGUGGACAUGCCGACAAUGUCUCCUGCAGCGCCAAACCCGAUCCUUUGAAAGCGCCGCAUCGCAAGCCCCACGAUCCCACAUCAACCAUAUACCUACGGAUAAUAGCGCUCCGAGGAAGAAUGCCGACGACGAAACCUUGCGCCGGAUCUUCGACUCGCAGUCCUUUUGGAAGGAGUUCUCACAAACACGAACGGCGGAUGUUUCAAAGCGAGCUGGAUUGGUUCAGAAUCAAUACUUGACAAGCCCAGAUGGGUUUAGGGCAUUCGCAAAUGCGUCGCUGCAGAAAUGCCAGGUCAUUGUUGCUAAGGUUCUAGCUGCUGAGACCCUGGACGAGUACCGGGCGUUGGCACGGAAUUUGGACCAACUCAGCGAUCUCCUGUGUAGGGUUAUCGAUCUUUCGGACUUCAUUCGAACUAUUCACCAUGAUCCGCGGAUUCAAGAAGCAGCGACGCAGGCGUACGCUCUAAUGUUUGAAUAUAUGAAUGUGCUCAACACUACGACGGGCCUUCACGAGCAGCUUAGCAAGGCCAUGUCUAAGCCCGAGGUCACAUCACAUUGGUCGGAAGCAGAGACUAUUGUCGCCCAGAUUCUCAUGAAAGACUUUACAACAUCUGCAAUCCAUAUGCCGCCAAGUGAGCGACAACGGUUUGUGAACCUUUCCAACGACAUCAGCCAGGUUGGCUCCAAUUUUUUCAAUGGCGCAGAGCCGGCUAGAUCACAGGUCACGUUCCACGCGAAUGCUCUCCAGGGAUUAGAUCCCAUUGUGGUGCAACAAAUCAAGAAGUGGAAUAAUAAAGCACCAGUGCCGACUAUGGGAGUCGUUCCUCGGCUUGUGCUGCGGUCUGUAAAAGAUGAAUCGGUCAGGAAGCAGGUCUAUCUUGCGACUCGAACUUCCAGCUCGCGUCAAAUUCACCGCUUGGAAAAACUCCUGACAAAGCGAGCUGAAUUGGCCAAGAUUUCGGGAUUCAACAGCUUCGCCGACAUGACUCUGACUGAUAAGAUGGCCAAGACCCCUGAGGCUGUGUCGAAUUUCUUGACGUCGCUUAUCUCAAGUAACCAUGGUCCUGUGCAAGAAGAGCUGUCUCAAUUGCAGCAAAUGAAGGGCAGCUCGCUUCAGCCAUGGGACCAUGCUUAUUAUGUUCACAAACGUGUGCUGGAAUACUCUCAAUCCCGUCGAUCGCGCGAGUUGAGCAUUGUUCCUGAAUUCUUCUCUCUGGGAACGGUGAUGCAAGGACUUUCUCGACUUUUCGAUCGUCUUUAUGGCGUCCGUCUCGUUCCACAGGAAACCCCUGCUGGCGAAACUUGGCACCCGGACGUUCGACGUUUGGAUGUUGUAGACGAGGCAAACAGGCAUAUCGCGGUUGUAUACUGUGAUUUGUUCAGUCGCCCCAACAAACACCCAAAUCCAGCACAUUUCACACUACGCUGUUCGCGUGAGAUUCCUGCUGACGAGAUUGCCGAGUGUGCCUCGCUGGAUCAGUCCGCGCACCCGAACGAUGGCAUGGCGACAGCAGUUGAUCCAAUAACAAACACUCUGCGCCAACUGCCGACAAUUGCUUUAGUCUGUGACUUCCAGGAACCCGUCAACAAUGGCUCGGGGCGCCCAACUCUUCUAAGUGAGCAGAGUGUCCGCACUCUGUUCCAUGAGAUGGGUCACGCCGUUCACUCCAUCCUUGGACAGACCCCUCUACAGUCUAUCUCCGGCACACGGUGCGCGACUGACUUUGCCGAGCUUCCCUCCGUUUUAAUGGAGAGCUUUGCCACCGCUCCGGAAGUCCUUGCCCUCUAUGCCCGGCACUGGAAGACCGGCGAGCCCUUAUCCGAAAGCAUGAUGCGCAGUAUGGAAACGGAUCGCAGCGCCCAUGGCUCCAUCUACGGCGCCGUUGAAAACGAGUCGCAGAUCCUCAUGGCCCUCGUUGACCAGGCUUACCACUCCAUCCCGAGUACGGAGGCUAUCAAAAACGGUGUUGACACCACCGAAAUCUACCACCAAGUCUUCUCGCAACACUCCAGCCUGCCGGACCCGGAAGAUGUCCGACCCCGAACUUCCUGGCAAGGCUUCUUCGGUCAUCUUUAUGGCUACGGUGGUACCUAUUAUAGCUAUAUUUUCGAUCGUGCCAUUGCCAAUAAAAUCUGGCAAGAUGUCUUCCAGUCGGGGAAGACAUCUGUUGACCGAGCUGCUGGUGAGCGGUAUAAGAAUGAAGUCCUCCGUUGGGGUGGUGGACGCAGUGGUUGGCAAUGCGUUGCUGGGGUCUUGGGUGAAGCCAAUCCUUCCAAUGCGGAUGGACGCUUGGUGGAAGGUGGUGAUGAGGCCAUGCGAGAGGUUGGUCGGUGGGGACUGGGCCGAGAAGGAAUUUCUGGAUAA